AUGUCAUCUAACGGCCAGUCUUUCCUCCUCGACCCCGAGAAGCGUACAGGGGCAACUCACUACUCUCACGCCCGAGUCGUCAAACCAUCCACUCACCACACUAUCUAUGUCUCGGGAAUUGCGGCAGUCAAGCCAGACGGAACAUACGAAGGAGUUAUCGAACAUGCCGACGGAAGUUUUACAGCGGAUGUGAAGGAACAAACCGCUGCUGUUCUGCGUCGAAUCGACAGCAUUAUCCAAGGUGCAUCCAACGGCAAAGCCAAUCUUUACAAUAUCGUUGACACUACUGUUUACAUCUUGGAUAUGAAGACUCAAUAUGCGGGAAUGAAUGAAGAGUGGAACAAAAUCUGGUCGGAUCGUGCGAGUGCCCCAAGUCGAGCAACUAUCGGAGUCAAAGAGCUUCCGGAUCCUCGUUUUAUGGUUGAGAUAAAAGCAACAGCAAUUUUUGGGGCAUAG